GAGAUAUUGCCGAUGUUACGAUCCUCAAAAGGUGUACGCCUUCGAGGUUUGAGCAGGAGAUGGAAGGCUUGAACUUUGCCAGUAUAGCCAAACAACAGCUUGAUUUUGGAAAGUUUAAUUCUCGUCACGUUUUCUUUUGCCUUACAGCAAAAGUCGUCGAAAGUAACUCACGCCUUACAAGUGACGUGAAAAUCAAAAGCACUAGAUAUCCGAAUGCGUUGGCCGUCGUUUUUCCACAGAAGAAGGAGGAAAUUCUCUUCCCCACAAGGCCGCAACCAAAAUCUGCAUAGAGCCCUUCGAAUCCUCAGCGUUGUUUCAUCAAAACUUAUGGAGAACAAGGGCGUGCUAAUGACGUGUCCAAUGUCAUCCUACCUCGAAGAACAACUCCAGAAACGAUUCCGACUCUUGAAGUUAUGGGAUUCCCAAAUGAAAGCUGAUUUCUUGAAACAAAAUUCACAAUUAAUCAGUGCAGUUGUUGGAAACACAGUUUUGGGUGCUGACUCGGAGCUCAUAGACUCUCUUCCUAACUUGGAAAUCGUGUCCAGUAACAGUGUGGGUUUGGACAAAAUCGAUUUAGUGAAGUGCAAAGAAAGAGGGAUUAGAGUCACAAACACCCCUGAUGUGCUUACUGAUGAUGUUGCUGAUUUAGCCAUUGGGUUGGCUUUGGCUACUUUGAGGAAAAUUUCGGUUGCUGAUGGCUUUCUGAGAAAUGGGUUGUGGAAAAAUUCUGAUUUUGGUUUGACUACAAAGUUCAGUGGUAAAUCGGUUGGCAUAAUUGGAUUAGGGAGGAUUGGUUCGGCGAUAGCUAAGAGAGCUAAAGCAUUUGGCUGUCCCAUUGGUUAUCACUCCAGAUCCAGAAAACCAAAUGCAAACUACAAAUACUAUUCUAGUGUCAUUGAUCUGGCUGCUAAUUGCCAAAUCCUGGUAGUUGCCUGUGCUUUGACAGAUGAAACCCGGCACAUUGUCAAUCGGGAGGUAAUUGAUGCACUGGGGCCAAAAGGGAUCCUCAUAAACAUUGGACGAGGUCCGCAUGUUGAUGAAUCUGAGCUCGUCUCUGCUUUGGUUGAAGGCCGGUUAGGUGGGGCUGGGCUUGAUGUAUAUGAAAAUGAGCCUGAGAUACCUGAAAAGCUGUUUCAACUUCAAAAUGUUGUUCUUCUCUCUCAUGUCGGAAGUGAUACUGUUGAAACAUGCAAGGCCAUGGCUGACCUUGUUCUUGCAAACUUGGAAGCACACUUUCUUGGCAAACCACUCUUGACUCCUGUAGUGUGAAAGCUCAUGAUGGUAUAAGUUUUGUCCUGAUCCUUCAAUUUUUUUUAUCAUUGUUUCAGCACUCGGAAUUCUCAUAGAUUCUGGAACUAAUGACUUUGUUAGUUGGCCUGCAUGCUGAAUCUAGACCAAGAACCUUAUUGGUACUUUGAAUAGCAUAUUUUUAUCACUUCUUCUUAGAUCUUAGCAAAUAAUCUACUUUUCCUUUAACUAGUGGUGUAAGGAGACACUGCAUUUCACUUUCUUACACUUUGUAGGUUCAGCAAAA